AUCAACAUGUACGCGCAGAACAAAGACUUCGCCCAGUGGGAAUACUGGGCCGAGGGCGCCGGGCUGCCAAGCCUGGACACGGCUGGCAGGUGCCGCGAGAGAAGGGGACACGGCGUUUUCGACAUUCCCGUCCGGUUCGCAGACAUUGAUGGCAACGGCCUUGCCGACUUCCUGUGUGUCGAGCGAGACGGCCGUACGUGGGGCUACCUCAACUCGAACGGCGGGAAGACGCUCACCUACGUCUCUCAGUUCAAGAAGUCCGAGGGAAAGGACCGUGCAAACCUCCACUUCGCCGAUGUCAACGGCGACGGCCGGGCCGACCUUCUGUGGACCGACAAGUUCAACGGAGACGCUACUGUUUGGCACAACAGAGGACCCAUCCUGGCGGCCGGUAGCGCCUUCACCUGGGACAAUCAGGGUGGCCGCUCAAGGCUCCUGCAUCCGCUACCCGGACUUGGACGGCAACGGACGGGCCGACAUGCACGUUGUCGACUCUCUCGCCAGCACAGCCGUGACAUGGUUCAAUGACUGCGGAAACGGUGGCGGGGAUGAUGCCGACACUCUCACCACCCCUACUCCUCAGCCGGGUUCCGAAGUUUCGGGGGAGGUGGAAGGCUUCAUGGCAGCUAUUCACGACAGCGGGUACGAAGGGACUAUAUCCGACGACGGCGUGGUUUCCUUGGCAACGAUGCUGAUCGGCUAUACUUCAUGCGACCUGUUGGAGAGACAAGCAAUCAGAUCCGGUUGGUUGCAGUCCUGGAAACUGAUGGACUAUAUACGGCCGAAAGUCAACAGCCUAGAUCUCAACUCAGCCGCCGCCAUUGAGUACCUCGGGCCACCUGCGGUAAAUCAGCCGUAUCAGGACCGCUUCAAAGAGAUACUCGGCAGCAUAGCCACCUUCAAGGAGGGGCCCUGGUGGAGACCAGGCUGGUUUGACUACAAGAUUCAUGUUCGAUGCGACGAUCCGGACAACAAGUGCUCUGAACCAUGCGGGGACAGAACCCUCUCAAGCACAGUAGCGUGCACGGUAGACAGACAGGGUAGUACGCCCGCGUGGAUUAACUUCUGUCCUCGCUAUUUUACCUUCGACACACUGGCUGCGAAACUGAGCAAAGCGAGGAAUGAGCCCUUUUUUAUAAAGCGGUUCGAUCUGACAAAUUACUACGAGAACCAGGGCUUCACGUGGUUUCAUGAGCUCCUUCAUAUUAAUGAUGUUUCGAAGGCGACCGGCGGAAACGAGAUGAUCCUUGAUUUCUGGAAUAAAGUCAGAGAGCGAACCAGUUCUGGCCUAAUCAUAGAACACACUCUCGUGGCCUACGGACCCGAGAGAUCCAAAAUUCUGGCCCGAUGGGGCGACUGGCCAGGUGCCGUUUUCACGCACAGGAACAACGAUAAUAUCGGCUGUUACGUGCUCGCUCUCCUUUUCCAGGACACAGCACUGGAUGGCACGUACCCACACCUUCCCCGAGCACCGCAGCCGCCCUCGGCGGUCUCCCCAUUCGAACCUGUCAGGAUGGGAAACAUUUUCCUUGUUAACCCGGACGGGACCGCUACGAUCCUCGACGAGGCUUAUUUCUCUGCAAACGAGCAGUGCCCAUAUUCGGCAGCGGGGCAGGAGAUGGACUUGACGUACAACUUCGCCACGAGAGACCAGUAUCCAGCCGAGUACUUGGCUCUCUACGACUCGUGGGUGGCGAGCUGACAGCCUGUACAAAGUCGAGCACCAGCAAGGC